AUGGCUGCUGAAUCAACCGCAUCAUCUUCGUUAGGGAAUACCUCCACAGAAGAAUCCCCUAGCGUGUCCUGUAUCUCCUUGCCGACCUCAAGCGACAUCUCAACAUCGAUUGACGAUAUUGACCAGAUCUGGGAUCGUAACUCCACCAUACAUGAGCAACUGCAGAGCUGUGUGCACCAUCUUGUUAGCGAGAUAGCCACCAGCCAGCCAGAUGCCUUGGCUGUUUGUGCGUGGGAUGGGGACUUCACAUACUCCCAGCUGGAGGAUUUGGCGAGCUGUGUUGCCCAUACGAUCCUUGAGCAUGGCGUUAGCCCCAGAUCUAUCGUGCCGCUGCUUUUCUCCAAGUCGCGAUGGACCUCUGUCAGCAUGCUGGCCAUUAUCAAGGUCGGCUGCAUCGCGGUAGCUCUUGAUGCUACGCAGCCAGAUCAGAGAUUGCUCUCCAUUGUUGAGCAAGUAUACCCCCAGGUCAUACUUUCGUCACCAGAACACUACCGAAGAGCAACCUCCCUCGCCAACGUUCCAGUCAUCCAAAUUGACGACACGAUUCUGAACCCAAAAUUCUCGAAAUGGGCAAUCGUCUAUUCGCCUUGCACCAUCUCUUCGUCAGAUAUUGUUUACAUAUCUUUUACCUCCGGAAGUACUGGUCAGCCCAAAGGUGCCUGCAUUAGCCAUGCCAAUGUGAGAAGCGCCGUGUUCUACCAAGGCGAAAAGCUAGGUUUCCGCCGUGGCCUGAGAGUUUUCGAUUUCGCUCCUUACUCCUUCGAUGUUGCAUGGAGUAAUUUCCUCCACACUAUCUGCUCAGGGGGCUGUCUGUGCGUUCCAUCAGAGAAAGAUAUGCUCAGUGACCUGUCGUCCUCGAUCACGGCAUUCAAGGCGUCGUUGAUCAAUGUUACUCCGACCGUAUUGAGGACAAUCAGCCCAAUCCCACCGUCCCUUGAGACGGUUCUUCUCAGCGGCGAAAUGCCAUAUCCGGACAACAUAACGCAGUGGGCUGGCCGUGUGAGGCUGCUGAAUACUUACGGCCCAACCGAAUGCACAUUUAAAUGUGCCUUUUCCGUUCUUACGCCUUCGGUUGAGUCUCGUCCUGAUAUAGGGACUGGCGUUGGGUUCUCUACGUGGAUUGUGGAUCUAGACAACAGCGAAAAGCUUGCCCCCAUCGGAUCUGUAGGGGAACUGUACCUCGAGGGACCCUUGGUUGGCCAAGGGUAUAUAGGUGAUCUGGAGAAGACAAAUGCGGCUUUUGUCUCGGAUCCAGUUUGGCUUCUUUCUGGAAGCACGCAUCACGCUGGCAGGCAUGGCCGGUUAUAUAAGACUGGUGAUCUCGUUCGGUACAAUGCCGAUGGAAAUUUAUUGUUCGUUGGCCGCAAGGACGCCUCUCAACUCAAAAUCCGCGGUCAGAGAGUCGAAAUUGGUGAUGUUGAGCACCACGUUCGUGCUUGUCUUCCGAGGAGAUUUCAGAUCAUCGUGGAUGUCAUCACCCCUCACGGCGGUGCAAGUGAAGACCGUUCGUUGAGUGUCUUCGUUGAACUGGAAGGUCAAGAUAUUGGCAACAUCAAGCACGCCAUGGACGGGCUUGCUGAGAAACUGAAGGAAGUCAUUCCAGCUUUUAUGAUCCCCAGAAUUUACUUUCCUGUAACAAAGAUUCCGAUUACAACCACCGGAAAGUCGGAUAUGAGACUUCUUCGCGAGAUGGCUAGCGCUUUAACAUGGGAUGAGAUUAUUGCAGCCCAAGCGACCAUCUUCUCCUCAGUGCAAUAUACAGCACCAUCUGAUACCAUAGAACAGCACUUGGUCCAGAUUUGGGCCACUGCAUUGAAAUUGGACCCAGCUCGUAUCAGCACUACGGAUAGCUUCCUUCGACUCGGUGGUGAUUCCAUUGCCGCGAUAUUCGUUGUCGCCGCUGCCCGCGAAAGGAAUUUAGCGAUGAGUGUUGCAGACUUGUUUAAAACUCCAAUCCUCCGAGAUCUAGCACAGGUAGUGACUUGCGGAGAUUUCACUGGCAUCGAAACUGUUAAGCCGUUUGCUUUGUUAAACAACAAAAGCGCUGAGGCUCUACUGCGCGAACACGUUGCCAGCUUUUGUCGUCUCGACGUAACAUCUGUUGAAGAUAUUUUCCCCUGCACCCCCCUUCAGCAAGGGAUGCUAGCCAUGACGGCCAAAAACGAGAAGCCCAACCACUCUGCAACCAGUAUGCCAGCUGCAGACUAUGUAGCACGAAAUGCAUUCGAGUUACCGUCCAAUAUCGACUUGAAUCGUUUUGAGACGGCGUGGACUACUAUCGGUGCAUCAACCCCAAUCACUCGAACAAGGAUAGUUGAUGUUCCUGGAGAGGGAUUGGUUCAGGUCGUAAUCGACGAGGCUUUAUCGUUGAGACAAUACCCUGACAUCAUCUCGUUCCUAAAAGAUGCGCCCCCGAUGGGCUUGGGCACCAGACUAUUUCGAGCCGGUAUCGCACAGCAUGAUGACAAGUGUUACUAUCUUUCGGAAAUACACCAUGCAUUAUUUGAUCGCUGGUGUAAUGUGCUUAUUAUGGAUGCAAUAGCAGCAGCAUACGAAGGGACAGAACAACAACCACUCUACCCUUUCCAACUCUUUAUCAAGCAUAUUGCAACCAGGAGCGUAACCGAUUCGAUCGAGUUCUGGACAAAGCAACUUAGCGGCUCGUUACCCUCCACAUUCCCGCCGAUCAACUUUACCCCAAAUGCCAAGGCGGAUCUCGAUCUCCUGAUCAAAGGGCUACAGUGGCCAUCAUCUGGUAUUACUCCCUCUACGGUGAUUCGUUCGGCUCUUGCAAUCUUGCUUGCUUCCUACUCCAAUUCAGAUGACAUCACAUUCGGGGCAACAGUGAGCGGUAGACAAGCUCCUGUCUCCGGAAUAGAGAAGAUCGCUGGGCCGACGAUCGGGACAAUUCCAGUUCGAGUCCAUUUCGAUCGGUCCAUCUCGGUAGAUGAUUUCCAAAAGCAGCUCCAAUUCCAGGCCCUGGAUAUUAUAAACCACGAGCACUAUGGCUUACAAAAUAUCCAGCGGAUCAGCAAAGAGAUGGAGAAAGCUAGUCGAUUUCAAGUUCUCCUGGUAGUCCAAGCAGCUGUCCAAGGAACCAGUGAAAGAGAAGGGGGUAUAUUCUCAAAACCGCAGACUGUCAUCAUCCCGGAACAACAGUCGGGCCCUAUGCUCGUAUCAAAGGACAGCAAAGCAGACAGUAUGGGCAUCUACAACUCAUAUGCGAUGAUGAUUAUUUGCCACUUGGACUCUUCGGACAAAAUGACUGUCAGAAUUAAUUACGACACGGGAGUGAUCAAGGAGCAGGAGGCUGUUCGUUUCUCUCAGCAGUUCCAAAGUCUGAUUCAAGCAAUGUGUACUCCAUCACAGGGUCGUUUGAGCUUAAAAGACAUCUCUUUACCUACCACGAACGAUCUUGGCCAAAUCUUGAGCUGGAACAAAAUGCAGCUUGAAACCCCAGACAUUGAUGUAGUUGAUUCGAUAGACGGACACGCAUACACAAAUCCAGAUGCCGUCGCAGUUUCAUCCUGGGACCAGCAGGUUACAUACAAGCAACUGAGAGAGCUGACGCUGAGUCUCGAGAGCGACUUAAGAAGGCGAGGAGUGACUAAAGGCUCGAUAAUUGUGCUCAAUUUCGAGAAGUCGUCGUGGUUUGUCGCGAGCAUGCUUGCAGUGAUGAGGAUCGGAGCCGUUGCGCUACCAACUUCUGCAACAUGUUCGAGACAACGUGCCCAAGAAAUUGCGGAGAGUUUAAGACCCGAAUUGGUACUUGUAUCAGCUUUAUCACAGUCUUCCGCUUUCGAUGAACUUGUGCCAACUCUCUCGAUCCCAGCACAGGCUUUUUCUCAUGAAGUUGAAGACCGGGAGAUCUCCUCAAAACAAAUACGCACCGCAUCCGAUCCGGCCCUCAUCCUAUUUACAUCUGGGUCAACAGGAGUCCCUAAACCUAUUCAAUGGAAUCACGGCGUACUAUCAAGCAACAUCCACGAGGCAACAUCCUCUUUUGGGAUUACUGGUUCAAGCAGAGUGUUCCAAUUUGCUGGCUAUGACUUUGAUGUGAGCAUCGUUGAGACACUCUCAACGCUCAGUGCUGGUGGCUGUCUAUGCAUUCCGUCAGAAUUGGAUAGAAUCAACCGGUUGGCAGAGUCUAUACAUGAAUCAAGAGCUAACUGGCUGGGCUUGACACCCUCCGUUUCUGAAAACCUGAACCCCGAAUCUUUGCCAUUCCUAACGACCCUUGUUUUCGCGGGAGAGAAGCUGCUACAAAAAACUGCAAUGAGAUGGGUGAAAGGUGUUGAGUACGUUCACAACUGGUACGGCCCGGCAGAGGCGUCUGUGGCAACAUCCUAUCGAGUAACGCAAGAAAGCUGGGUAGAUGGUGCUAUUGGUAAAAGUCACAAUAGUCUUACCUGGCUUGUGGAUCCAAAUAACCAUGAUCGUUUGGCUCCAAUUGGAGCAAUUGCGGAGCUUUGUAUUGAAGGCUCAAUCGUUGCGACCUACACAGGUGCCAAAAGCCAGAUACUGAACAAUUCAUCCUUCUUCUCACCCCAGUGGAACGGGGUUAAAGGCCCAGAGUCUGCCCUAGAACACCACAGAAGGUUGUAUAAAACUGGUGAUCUGGUUAAAUACGGCCCAACGGGAGAUAUCAUCUUCCUCGGCCGGAAACACGACUCUCAAAGAAAGCUGCGAGGCCUACGAGUUGACUUGAGCGACAUUGAGCGGCAGGUUCAGCAGUUCCUCUCCGGCAAACUUGAAGUGAGGGUCGUGGCAGAGAUUUUCACUCCGCGUGAAGGCAACAUCGAGACACUCGCUCUAUUCAUCGCCGCUGGUCAAGAUAGCGAUCAUAAUGCUCGAGAUAUCUUACGCCGCUCUCUCCCAGUCGAUGCACUGGAAGGAUAUCUAGAAAUGCAACUGCCUCCUCAUAUGAUUCCUAAAGUAUACCUUCCGGUUGAAAAGAUUCCGUUUACCCAUACUGGGAAAGUCGAUAGACGAUGUCUCCAAGAAUUUGGAUGUGCUCUCACACACCAACAGCUGGCGGAGCUGCAGCCACUUCGGGAAGAAUCCAGGAGGCCAUCUCCUGGGAUGGAACAAACUUUACAAAAGCUGUGGGCAGAAAUCAUCAACAUUGAAAAGGACGCGAUCUAUGCCAAAGAUAAUUUCCUUCGGCUUGGUGGCGACUCGAUCGCGGCCAUGCGGUUAGUUGCACUGGCCCGCACCAGAGGCCUUUGUCUCAGCGUAGCUGACAUAUUCGAGGCGCCCCAGCUAGAGAAUAUGGCCCAAAGAACAGUCUAUGUGGACGAUUCAAUAGAGAAGACACAUUGUGUUGUUCCGUUUUCACUCCUUUCGGGAGUGAUUUCGGCGGCAGAUAUCCGCACGCAGGCAGCACAACUUUGCUCAGUGCCUGAAUAUCGCAUCGUCGAUGCGUACCCAUGCACAAUGCUUCAACAAGGCCUCCUCGCUCUCGGCGCGAAAACUCAUGGUCAAUACAUUUCGAGAAGUGUUUUCGGUCUUCAGCCUACAAUAGACAUUGGGAGACUGAGGGUGGCAUGGGAAGCGACUGUCGAAAAGUUGACAAUUUUGAGAACUCGAAUUGUUGAUCUUCCAGGGCAGGGACUGGUACAGGUCAUACUUGGCAAAAAUCCUAUUCUUACUGGAAGCAAUGUGGGAGACUAUAUUCAUGGAGACGAAACCAUGCCAAUGGAUCUUGGCACUGAACUGUGUCGGGCAGCCAUCGUUGACAGGGACUUCAUUUUUACGAUCCACCAUUGUGUAUAUGAUGGUAGCUCGUUGAAAAUGAUUCUCGAUGAAUUGGAGUGCCAGUAUUUCGGUAAACAGGGGAUGACUGUUACACCUUUCGCCAACUUCAUUCAGCAUCUGACCAAUAUUGAUAAGAACGAGGCGACGGAUUUCUGGAAAGCCCAAUUAUCAGGUGUAGAGCCUAGACAAUUCCCGUCUCUUCCUACACGACUCUACGAGCCUCGAGCAAAUGAGGACCUGGAGCAUGACAUUUUGCUUCAAUGGCCGCGAGAUGGGAUAACACCCUCAACAAUAAUCCGGUCCGCAUGGUCAAUACUUGCAGCACAGCAUACAGCAACCAGCGAUGUCAUAUUUGCCAUGACAGUCAGUGGCAGACAGGCAAACUUACGAGGUGUUGAAAAUUGCGUUGGCCCUACAAUUUCAACCAUACCUCUUUACGUUUCAAUCCAUGGCAACGAAUCUGUUGAAUCUCUUCUUCGACGCAUGCAGAAGCAAACGGUAUCAACAACUGACUAUGAACAGUUUGGCCUGCAAAAUAUCCAACGCUUAACUGGGCUACAAGACGCUCGCCUGCUGCAAACCUUGCUCGUUGUUCAGCCUGCGACCGAAGGAAGGGGGUUAUACGAUGAUAGCGACCUUUUCAAAGCCCGCAGUUACGCUUCCAGCCUUUCAACCAUGGGAAUGGACCCAUUCAACACAUAUGCACUGAUGCUGAUCUGUGAGCUGACCAAGUUUGGACUCCACCUACGACUGAGUUUCGACAACAAUUUAAUCGACGGCAAGCAGAUGGGCCGUUUAGCACAUCAAUUUGAAGGGAUUAUUCGGCAGCUUUGCGAUGAAGGGAACUCUAGCUCUAAAAUCGAGUCUUUGCAGGUAGCCAGCGAAACUGAUCUUGACCUUUUCUGGGCCAACAAGUCCAAGCCUCCGAAACAGCCGGGCCAGACUGUGAUCCCCAUGAUCGCUUCUAUAGUCAAGCGAUAUCCAGCGUCGAUCGCAAUAGAUGCUUGGGAUGGCCAAUUUACCUAUCAACAGGUUGAAGAGCUGUCUAACACUGUAUCCCAAAAUUUCCUCACCCGAGGGCUAAUGGAGGGUUCAGUCGUCGCAAUAUACCUUGAGAAGACUAGAUGGGCCCCUGUCAUGCAGCUCGCAGUAAUGAAGGCCGGCUGUGUGGUGCUGAUGCUAUCUUCUAUUGUUCCAGAGCACCGGAUCCAAAAGGUAUUCAACAAUGUCGGGGUCCAAGCUGUAGUAGUCUCAGAGUCUCUCAGGGAUGUCAUUUCUCGGCAAACCUGCUGCUUCAGUAUCGAGGAACUAAUAGUGAAACCACCUGAUGCUACUACUUUCCCAGUGGUUACAGUGAACAGCCCGGCCGCCAUCCUGGUAUCGUCUGGAAGCACAGGCGAACCUAAGCAGAUUCUCUGGAACCACAGCACCACGGCAGCCAAUAUUAAGGGUUACGCUGAUUCAACGGCGAUCCACGCCAGUUCUCGAGUUUUCCAAUUCGCGUCAUAUGAUUUUGAUGUUAGCACAGUUGAAGUACUGGCAACCCUUGCUCAUGGGGGGUGCAUCUGCAUUCCAUCUGAGUCUGACAGACUUGAUGACUUGUCUGCAGCUAUCAGGCGUUUUGCUGCCAAUCAUAUGAAUCUUACACCAUCAACUGCGAAGCUCCUCGAGCCCAAGGAUGUACCCAGUCUGACAAAAAUGGUUUUCUCCGGUGAGAAUCUCACCAGCGAAGAUGUUACAAAGUGGCGACAACAAUGCAGCUUCAUCAACUGGUAUGGCCCGGCUGAGUCUUCCGCGGCAACCUUCCAUUCCGCAAACGAACGCGAUUGGUACACGGGCGUGAUUGGAGAUUGCUCAAGCCUCAACGACCCAACUUACUGCUGGAUUGUUGAUCCCAAAAAUCCCGAUAGACUUUCCCCAUUCGGAGCAGUUGGUGAAUUGGCCCUUGAAGGCCCUACCUCUGCUGUGCGAUAUAUUGGGAACGAGGCGCUGUCAAAGGCGAGAUUUUUCGAGAACCCAGGCUUCUUGUCCGCUGGACUUGUGCCCAAAAUUCAAGGCAGGCAUGGCCAAGUUUAUCUCACUGGAGAUUUAGUAAAAUACGACUCCAACGGGAAACUUGUAUUUAUCGGAAGACAGGACGCUCAACUCAAGAUACGUGGGCAGCUUGUCUCUCCGAUAGAAGUAGAGUGCGAAAUUCGAAAAGCUCUGGAAAGUGCAGAUACCGAAAUAGUCGUCGAUGCUGUCACACUCCGGAACAGAACUGGCACUAGUCUGGCUGCAUUCGUCGUUGCCGCCUCACAAUCUGAGGCAGAUAGUCUGACUGCUGGGCUCAACGCAAAGCUCAAGGGUGUUCUACCAGACUAUGCCAUUCCAUCCUGCUACAUAGCAAUUUCAUCUGUUCCAACCAGUGCAACAGGAAAGCGAAACUACGCUAGGCUGCGAGAAGUAGGAGCUUCAUUUGAACCACGUCGUGCUAGCUUAAGUGAUCAGUGGCAAGAACCCGCUACUAUGGCUGAAAGAACAUUGCGAGGACUUUGGGCUACAGUUCUGGGAUUAGAUACAGACAAUAUCUCUACCAACGACAGUUUUCUUCGAGCGGGUGAUUCUAUCCAGGCCAUGAGAUUGGUGGGUAUCGCUCGACAACAAGGGCUCCAAUUAACAGUUGCUGAGAUAUUCCAAAACCCAGUGCUCGUGGACAUGGCAAAAAUGAUGAGGAGCAAGAUGGAAAACGAGGACCGUGUUGAGCCAUUUUCUCUUUUGGGUCCGGUCCAGGGAACUGUAUCCCUCGUUGCAGAUGCUGCAGAAUUUCUCCAUAUCAAGAAGGGGGAUAUUGAAGACUUGCUUCCCUGCACACCUUUGCAAGAGGGUCUCUUAGCAUUAACUGUGAAAACCAGUGACCAUUAUGUUAGUCGGAACAUUCUCAAACUUGCCCAUUCCACCGAUCCGGGCAUCUUUAGAAAGGCCUGGGAAAAGGUUAUAUCCAUGAUUCCCAUCUUACGGACUUGUAUUAUAGACCUCCCAGAACAUGGCCUUGUUCAGGUUGUCCUGCGAAGCCAGAAUUCUUGGAUCGAGGCAGCAAGCUACGAUGAAUAUCUGGGAAAAGAAAUUGAGCAUCCUAUGGGCCUAGGGGUCCCUCUCAUGAGAUACAGUCUGUUUGCUGUCGAUAAUUCUUGGUAUUUUGCCUUAACCUUACAUCAUUCCAUUUAUGACGGGUGGACAGUGCCCCUAGUUAUGGAAUUCCUGGAAGGGUUCUAUCGAGGUAUACAGCCUCUUUCGCAGAUCCCUUUCCAAUCUUUUGUUAAAUAUAUCCGACAGAAAGACCAGAAAGCCGACGCUGAAUACUGGAAACGACAAUUUGAAGACUUGGAGGCGCCACAAUUUCCGGCGAUUCCAUCGUCCAAUUAUCAACCUCAAACGGAUUCCACUCAUGUGUACAUGGUAGAAAACAUCUUACGGAGAACAGACGACAUUACUCCAUCAACUGUUAUCCGGACUGCUUUCGCGAUUCUUUGCGCUCAGUACACAAACUCGUCAGACGUCGUGUUCGGAACUGUCGUUGAUGGCCGAAAGGCAGCGGUCAGUGGGAUUGAGAGACUUGCAGGUCCUACCAUUGCGAGUGUUCCAAUCAGGGUAAAAGUAGAUGACCAAGGCAAGAUUAUAACCCAUCUCCAUGACGUGCAGCGCCAAACCACCGACAUGAUACCGCACGAACAGACAGGUUUAUCCAAUAUCUCUCGAUUUAGUGAGGACGCUCACCAGGCCUGCCAGUUCCAAACAAUGUUGGUUAUUCAACCCCAGGAGAAGAAAAUUGGCGACUUGAGCUUGUUCGAACCAAUGAGGCUUGACAGCAUAGCGGAAGACCAAGCUCGGCGUUACCAUCAGUUCAAUUCAUAUGCCCUAUCCAUCAUCUGCUCCUUGGAUGAUCACCGGAUCAAGAUCGAAUUCUCGUUUGAUUCCGCUGUCAUUAGUAAGGAUUCUAUCCAAUUACUAGGGCGACAAUUCGGCCAACUAUUGAAGACUCUCUGUAAUCGAGAACUGGAUGAUUCGCGAGUCGGCGAUAUCAAUACUACGACAGACGAGGACUUGAAUAUCAUAUGGAAGUGGAACUCUGAAAAUCCAGAGCCGGUUGAGAGAUGUUAUCACCACAUAUUUGCCGAUGUUGUCCAGUCUUCUCCGGAUGCGGUGGCAGCUACUGGUUGGGAUGGGGAGGUCACCUAUGCACAAUUAGACCUUGCAUCCACUACCCUUGCCUAUCGCCUAAUUGACCUUGGAGUCCAGAGAAAUACAAUUAUUCCUUUGUGUUUUAAUAAGUCCGUCUUGACACUGGUCGCUCUUCUCUGUGUGAUCAAAGCUGGAGCUGGUGUCGUAUUCUUGGAUAUGGCUCUGCCUGGUUCACGACUUGAGUCUAUCGUCCAACAGUUCGACCCAAAUCUCAUCGUUUCAUCUCCUGAGAACCAGCCAAUGGCAAAGACUUUGGUCGAUAAUGUGCUAGUAAUAAGCGCUCAAGCAGAUUUGAUACCCACUUCCUCGAUGUUUAAACAUUCUAGAGAUGCUUUACCAUUCGUGGACCCAUCCGAUUAUCUUUACGCUGUCUUCACAAGUGGAACGACGGGCACUCCCAAGGGCUGCCUGAUACAACAUCGCAACUUCAGUAGUGCAGUUACUCUACAGCGAGAUUUCUUAGGGUUCAGCAAUCGUGCUAGGGUUUAUGACUUUUCAUCUUAUUCGUUUGAUGCGGUACAUUGGACUAUUCUCCACACACUCGCGGCUGGGGCGACAUUGUGUGUCCCGAGCGACGUCGAGAGAAAGAACAACCUGACAGAGAGUAUCCGAAGCUUCAAAGUGACACACAUAGGGCCGACACCAUCUCUUGCUCGCUUGAUUAAUCCAGAGGAGAUCCCAACUAUGGAGAGGAUAUACUUUGGUGGGGAAUCUGUGACCAAAGAGGAUUUAUCGCGAUGGAUGCCCCAGUCUACCGUCACGAUAAUGUACGGGCCGUCAGAAUGCUCGUCUACCACCGUGUUCUGGCGUGUACCAAAAACUGUGCCUGAUAGACUACCCAUCGGCUAUGGAGUAGGUGCCUCCACAUGGAUAGUUGAUACAAAAUCCAAUGAUAGAUUGGCCCCGGUUGGUACGAUUGGAGAGUUGUGGCUAGAGGGUCCUUUGGUAGGAAUAGGCUACCUGAACAACAAGGAGCGGACCGAGGCAUCCUAUCUAGAAGACCCUAGUUGGCUGCUCCGAGGAUCUCCAGAUGGUAGUGUGGCUGGACGCGCUGGUCGGAUGUAUAGGACCGGUGACCUCGUUAAGUACGAUCCUAUCGAUGGUGCCUUGAUUUUUGUCAGUAGAAAGGACACUCAAGUCAAACUCCGAGGCCAGCGAAUUGAGCUUGCUGAGGUCGAGUAUCACGCUCGAAAUUGCUUAGCCAGGAGACUUGUAGUGGCACCAAAAACGACGGCGGAAGUUGUUGUUCCCAAGAUCACGGGACGAGCUUCACUGAUGGUAUUUGUCGAGCUCAAGCAGAGUGAGCAUUCGACAUUUUAUCAAUGUAUAGAGGACCUGAAAGACGAAUUAGCCGAGCUUGUUCCUUCGUAUAUGGUCCCUGCUGCAUUCAUGCCCGUUGAGAAGAUUCCACUGGUCGUCAGUGGAAAAACGGAUCGAAGGCGCCUACGAGAAUUGGGGGAAAAUAUCACUCUAGAACAGUUUGGCGGUGCAGAAGACAAUCAGUCAACGGUCGUGGAACUUACCGAAUCACAGUUGCUACUCCGCACACUGUGGGUUAGUAUUCUGGGAGUCUCAUUGGACAAAAUCCAUUCGGAAAGCAGCUUCCUCCGUCUUGGAGGAGACUCUAUUUCUGCAAUGCGGCUGGCGGUUUUGGCUCGGAGCCACCGCAUUUCACUUACUGUGCAAAAUAUACUCAGAGCUCCAAGGCUCUCCAAAAUGUCCAGCCUCAUGGAGAACUUACACUCAAGUUACGAGAUUGGAAACGAGGAGAUAAAGCCAUUUUCUCUGCUCAAGAGUCCGGAGAACAAGAACAAGGCUGUACGAUACGCAGCGUCACAGUGUAACGUGGAAGAAACCGAUAUCAUGGAUUUAUUUCCAUGCACUGGUGUACAAAAGUCGUUAUUAUCAAUGACCGCUAAAUCGUCAGGUUCAUAUAUUGCAAGGCCUCUACUCAAGCUCAGGAAGCAGUUUGACCUGGACCGACUGCAAAAAGCCUGGGAGAUUGCAAGCAAAACUACUGCCCCGAUCAUUUGCUAUCGAAUUGUAAAUGUUCCAGACGAAGGCUUAGUUCAAGUUCAUUUGAACGAUAAAAUUGAGUUCGCUGCAUACAAUAGCAUGGAAACGUUCCUUGGCCAAGACACGGUCAAUCCCAUGGGCCUAGGCACUCGCCUCACUCGGUUCUCGUUCGUCAACGAUGUUUCUGGGGAGGUUUGUCUCAUAUUGACCCAGCACCAUGCCAUGUAUGACGGGUACUCGCUAAACCUACUGCUUAACGAGGUGUCCAAUAUCUAUUCAGGGAUUGCAGAUGACAGUUCUGUUGCUCCCUUCCAGGCCUUUGUCAAGCAUGUAGGCAGCAUAAGCAAAGAACAAUCCCGGCAAUUUUGGCAGUCUCAAUUUGCCGACGCUGACACUGCUAUCUUUCCUGAACUUCCAGGGCAAGGCUAUCAGCCUAAGCCGGAUAGUACUGUAAAACACGACAUCUCUGAUCUUGAAUGGCCAGAGCGAGAUGAGACACCAUCAACUUUAAUACGUGCUGCCUGGGCCAUUUUGACUGCACGAUACACUGAUACCCACGACGUGGUCUUUGGCGCGAUGGUCACUGGGCGACAGGCGCCGCUACCAGGAAUUGAUCGAAUGAUUGCACCUCUAGUCAAUGCUGUUCCAGUUCGUGUUAAAUUCGAGCCCGAACAAAGCGUCAAUAGUCUGCUACAUGAUAUCCAACAGCAGUCGAUCGAUAUGAUCGCCUUUGAGCAAACCGAGCUUUUGGAUAUUCGCCGGAUCGAUGCCAACACUGAGCGAGGAACACGCUUCAACACGCUUCUCGUCGUGCAACCUCCCUUUCCCGAUGGAUAUGGCCAGCAAGAUGACGGUCCAUUUUUACAUCACUUUGAGACCAUUUCUGGAAGCGACGAUCUCGAUGAUUUCAACCCCAAUGCUGUCAUGGUAAUGUGUCAACUUUCAAACGCCGGUGGACUUCAGUUAGAAAUCAGCUUUGACUCUGGUAUUAUUGGAACUUCACAAAUGGAGCUCAUCGCGUCCCAAUUUGAGCAUGUCUUGCGUCAAAUUUGUGUCGCCAAUACUGAGACCGUCCAGGACAUCAGCAUGGCAAGUCCUCGAGAUAUUCAGACACUCUGGAAGUGGAACUCGCCUGUUCCAGAGGCGAUCAACGAGUGCAUUCCCGACCUGAUUAGCAAGAUGGUCAAGGAACAGCCAGAUGCGCCUGCAAUUUGCGCCUGGGACGGCAACCUAUCAUAUUCGGAGUUAGAUACGCUCUCUGGUAUAUUGGCUUUGUACCUUAUUUCUCUUGGAGCCAAACCAGGAACGCGAGUUCCUUUGUGCUUUGAGAAGUCUAUGUGGUAUCCUGUUGCUGCACUUGGAGCCAUGAAGACUGGUGCUGCCUGUAUCGCCAUUGACUCGACUCAGCCUGAAGCACGCCUCAAGACAAUUAUUUGUCAAGUCGAUCCAGUUUUUGUGUUAUCAUCGUCCAAGAAUGACUCCUUAGUCAAACAACUAUCGGCCGCGACGAGCGUAAUAGUGAGCCAACAGCAUAUCGAUGAGUACUCAUCGAAACUCGCCCAAGACUGCUUGCCCAAAAUCAGCGCUUCAGAUACCCUUUACAUUGUCUUUACUAGCGGAUCAACGGGAACUCCCAAAGGCGUCAUCACGAGUCAUAGUAACUUUGCAUCCGCAGCUAUACACCAGGCCGAUAUACUCCACAUCAAAGGCGGGACCAGAGUCUUCGACUUUGUGUCCUACAGCUUUGAUGUAUCAUGGUCCAAUCAUCUGCAAACAUUAAUUUGCGGGGGCUGUCUUUGUAUCCCAUCAGAAUGGGAGCGGAAAAACGAUAUUGUAGGUGCUUUCAACAGAAUGAACUGCAGCUACUCUUAUUUCACCCCUUCAGUAGCACAAUCACUUGAUCCGGCCUUGCUACCUGGGCUUAGAACUCUUGCCAUGGGAGGAGAAGUUAUCCGGGGAACGGAAGUUGCACGCUGGAAAAAUCACGUGGAUAUGGUGAUUGGUAUCUAUGGGCCUGCGGAGUGUGCUCAAGCUCUAAGUUUCGCAUGCCUGAGUGGAACAAGUCGCAAUGGCCAUGUUGGUUACUCCUACGGUGCAAGGACCUGGCUUGUGCAACCCGGUCGACCAGACCGUCUAGCCGCCGUUGGGACUAUCGGAGAUCUUGUUAUUGAAGGCCCAACUGUCAGUGAAGGAUACUUCAAGAGCUCGGGCGAAGCAGCAGCAUCGUAUGUAGACGACCCAAGCUGGCUCACACAGGGCUUUAAAGAUUACCCGGGUCGAAGCGGCAGGGUUUACAGAACGGGUGACCUUUUGAGAUACAACGAGGAUGGAUCCAUGGAUUUCAUUGGCCGCAAAGACAGCUUGAUCAAGUUACGCGGCCAAAGAAUCGAGCUGGCUGAAGUGGAAUAUCACGUUCGGUCCUGUCUUGGUGAUGAUGCCUGCCUCUACCAUGGCAUCGUAGCCGAGAUCAUCAUUCCACAGAAUAGCAACAGCCCUCUACUCGCCAUCUUUGCCAGUCUAGUAGCAAAAGGAGGUAAUCAAUCAGAAGUGCAGGAUGCCCAAGCUCAAUCUAUGAAGCGAUUCGAACAGAUGGAGAGAAAGCUCUCCGACCGUGUGCCCAUAUACAUGGUUCCAGCUGCAUACAUCCAUCUUGACAAGAUUCCCAUGACUACUACAAACAAAACGGACCGAAAGAUUCUGAGGGGAAUCGGCGGCAGGCUAUCGCAGGAGCAACUUGCACAGUUACAGGCUCAAGGUAAAGAACAACGAGCGCCGAAUACAGCCUUGGAGAAGAAAUUGCAAGCCCUAUGGUCAAUGGCUUUGGGUGUCGACCCAGCAAUGAUCAGUGCUGAAAGCCACUUCUUCAGAAUCGGCGGAGAGUCAAUUGCUGCAAUGCAGUUAGUAGCAGCCAGCCGGGAGGAGAACCUGUCAUUUUCCGUGUCAGACGUUUUCAACGCUCCUCGUCUCCAUGAAUUAGCAUCGCUCAUUGCUGGGAUUGGUGAAAAUUCCGAGAUGCAGGUAUCCUAUGAGCCAUUCUCGCUUCUGGGCACUCCGGAUUAUAAACGAUUCAUCAAUGAAUAUGUGCAGCCUGUUUUGGAUUCUGAUGUAUCAGAUAUCCAAGACAUAACUCCUGCUACAGACUUUCAAGAGCGUGCAGUGUUGGAUGCCAUGCAGGACCCUCCAGGUAGAUAUCCCCACUGGAUAUUCGACCUUCCUCGAGAUGUGGAUUUCAUGCGGUUGCAAGAGGCGUGCUACAGGCUUGUAAAACACUACGAUGUCCUCCGCACUGUCUUCGUCGAGGGUCAAGGUCAACUCUGGCAGGUUUCAUUGAGUGAAAUGAAACCAGAUUACAACGUCUUUAAUAGCCAGAGUAACGAGCUCAAGUCUUUCAUCGAUGGCCUUUGUGAGGAUGACUUGAGACGCCCAAGGAAGCUUGGUUCGUCAUUUAUCCGAUUCUUGGCGAUAAGGCAUGAUUCAGGGAGUCACAAGCUUGUCCUCCGAAUAUCACACUCUCAGUUCGAUGGAUACAGCUGGCCUAAAGUACUGGAAACUCUGUCUGCGAUAUACAACAACCAGCCAUUACUAAUAACACCCGAAUUUGUCCAGUAUAGCUAUUUUUGUGCAAGGCAGAAGAAUGAUAGUCUAGAGUACUGGGCUUCUAGACUUACUGAUUCGUCAUUCCCCAACUGGAGCUCAACAACUACGGACGACAUCGGAUGUAGCCCAGGAGAUAGGCUGAGUACAAGCGAGACAAUUACAAUGCCAACUAAUAUAGCCAUGAGUGAAGGUAUCUCGGCCGCCACAGUUUUCCAUGCUGCUUGUGCAUUGGCAUUUUCGCGACAAUUCGGCCAAAAGGAAGUGAUUUUUGGACGUUUAGUUACAGGCCGUUCUAUGCUCCCGAGCAGUCUACAGAGUGUCGUGGGACCUACGAUGACUGAACUUCCUAUCCGCAUUAAUAUCAAGUCUACCGAUACGCUUGAUGAUGUUAGCCAGCAGUUGCAUGAUCAGUUUAUUCAGGAUUCCACUCAUGAAGCUGCAGGUAUGGUCGAGAUCAUUAGGAACUGCACCACUUGGCCGGAGCAAGCAACCAACUUUGGAUGGCGUACCGCUUUCCAGCAAGCGGACGACGGAGAUUCCUUCAAUUUCCUUGGCUCUCCAAGCAAUAUUUCUUUCUAUCAAAGCAGCCUGCCUGCGCGUGAUCGUCCAGAGAUCUAUGCCACGCCUCGAAAUGGGAAGCUUGAAUUGGAGUUUGAGGGGAACAAAAGAAUUACGUCGGAACGGGCUAUGUCGGAUUUCAUUGCGCUGCUUCGAUCAAUUUUAGAGGAAACGCUUGAAAGGUAG